UAUAAACUCAGUUAUAAAAUUUUCUAUAAAAUUAAUUGACUAGAUAAGUAACUGACACAUAUACGUAUAUAUGUACAAGAAAAGUGUUCAAUAAUAUAUAAAUAUUAAAAGAUAUUGUAAAUUACAUAUAUAUAGUUUAGUAAUAUUUAGGAAAUUUAAUUAUAUAUAUACAUUGAGUGUACCAUAGUGUAUUAUCUAUAGCUUAAUGAGAGGCCGCUAUAUUUACGUGUAUCAGCUGUGGAAUGACAGGUGAGAUAAAAAAUGGCUGAAAAUGGGUUGGGAUCAGAUGCUGGAUCUCAAGAAUACCUCGCAACCGAGGUCAUUAAUUUAGAUAUCGAAGAGUUGGAUAACACAGAAUAUGCUAUACCAGCCAUUGAAGAAUUACCAUCCUUGGAAAGUAUAUUAACAGAACCUGACUGUACAUCAUUAUCUGGGACAGAUGAUGACUUUGGUUUAACACCAGGUGAAAAAUUAGGAAGUAGUGAAACAACAAGUGUUGGAAGUCAUUUAUCUUUAAAUUCUUUAAACAAAUCAAAUAAAGCUUCACAACCAACAUCUUCUGGUGCUAUUUUGAGGCAUGUUAUAUUAAAAGGAAUAUCAUCACAAAUUGUAUCAGCUAGUGAAAAGGUCAAUGCUGGUUUAGCAAGUGCAGUUGCUGCCGGAGGAAAUAUGUUAGUUGUUGGAACUAGUCAUGGUCUGGUAUUAGGUUUUGAUUCUUCACAGACAUUAAGAUGGUGCGAUCAGGAAACAAGACACCAGGGAUCUGUGUCUGCAUUAUGUUUUAAUUAUGAUGGAAGCAGAAUAUUAGCUGGAUUUGCUAGAGGACAUAUAUUAAUGUUAGAUAGCUCUAAUGGAAAAGUAUUAAGGACACUUACUGAUGUCCAUCCUCUUGAUACAGCUGUAUUACACGUAAAAUUCACAGAUUCACCAAAGGUAGCAUUAUGUAGUGACAGUGGUGGAUCCGUUUUUGAAUUAAAUUUUACAAGAGUUAUGGGUGUGAGAGGCUGUGAUAGCAGGUGUUUAUUUAGUGGAUCUAGAGGUGAAGUGUGUACAUUAGAACCCUUGUUAUUGAAUCAUCUGCCGUCACAUGCUCUGAAAAAUUAUACUUUAGUGGCAAUGGCAACAUUAUCAAAGGUAAUAGUAGUUUGCAUAAGACCACGAAUGCGUGUUGUAUUAACUCAUCCUUUAUCUGGUGCACCUAUAGCACCACCACAAUUAUCUUGGCAGCUUGUUGUCAUACAAGCAGCAGACGCUUCUCGUGUAAUUGAUCCUGUUUUGGCUCUUGCAAGAGAUGAUGUGGUUCAUUUUUAUCAAGUAUGUACUGAAGCUGGUUCAAGAGUAAAAUUAUCUCCUUUGAGAAGAAUGACUCUCCCAUAUACAAUAAGUAACUUACGAUGGCUAAAUCCAAGAUCAUUAGCAGUAUUAGAUACUCAAGAAAGAUUACAUUUAUUAGAUGUAAGAGCACAGGAUAACUUGGAAACUUUAGAUAUGAGUCGCGUUGGUAUUUCCUAUGCAUCUAGCCAUUUUAAAGGUCUGUCCACUGGUGGAAAUGUUUCAAAGGCAAUGGCGUUGGCUGGUGAAAGAGCAUGUUACAAUACUGUGGUAACGUUUGGUACUCAACUUUUGCUUCUAGGUACCAAAAGCUUACAUGUUGUUUGUAUACGAACAUGGACAGAGAGGUUGCGACACUUAACAAUGCAGAAAAGAUAUCCAGAAGCAUUAGCUUUAGGACUUUCUUUUUAUCAAGAUAAAGGAAAAGCGGUUGUUGGUCUUCGUGGUUCCAAACAACGUCGUAAACAAAUAGCUCGCGAUAAAGUAUGUCAAGUUUUGAUUCAAUAUAUGGAAGAAUUGAAUCAUUGUGUUGCAGACGAAAAUUCAGAAUUUGAGAUAGUCACAACUUGUGUAGAUUAUUGUAUACAACUAGAAAAUACAGAUUUAUUAUUUGGCAAAUUAUGGGACUUAGUUUCGGAGUCUGAGGGAUUAAAAGCGAGUUAUUUACAUGCCCUCGAAAGUCCUUUGUUGGACGGGAGUUUACGACCGCGAUUACCACCAUUAAUUGCUCAACAGUUAGUUACUCUUUACGACCAAGAAGACAAAGUAGAUUCGCUUCAAGCAAUUAUAGUGUUAUUAGAUGUUGAUUGUUUAGAUAUUCAUCAAGUAACGACACUUUGUCGGCAACGAGGUCUCUGGGAAGCUUUAAUACAUCUUCAAACCACGGCAUUAGGUGACUUUACUGCUUCAAUCCAUCAAUUAGUACCGAUAUUACAAAGUAUGUUAACGAAUUCGAAGGAUUCACUAACUCGAGAUAGUAUACAACUUGGCAAUGCACUUUUGGUCUAUGCUAGUUGCUGUCUUGCCGGUCGUGGUUUUCCCAGAGAUGAACUUCCAGAGGGUAUGUCUCAAAGAGCAAAAACAGAUGUAUUAAGAGCAUUGCUUUCACAGCAUUCGAGUUUGGCUAAUGAUGCAGAAAGGCAAUAUCCAUAUCUAAGAACUUUGCUACAGUUUGACGCAAAAGGGUUUCUCGACGUGAUAGCAAUUGCCUUCCAGGAGCCAGAAUUCACGUCUGAGAUGGGUCUUAGACAACGGCAAAGACUUAUAGAUAUAUUAUUAAAUAUCGUUAUGCCCAGCACGCCAUUAAGCCCGAGAAAUCCUGAUUAUAUCACUGACGAACAAAGAAAUUUAGUUCUUAUAUUUAUAGCUAACGAAGUUGCAGAAAAUACUGUUAAUUUAGAACCUAGUAUGUUAAAUAAAAUGAUAGAAAUAUUAUGUACUGAUUCAAAUGUGGGAUCAUCACACGAGCUUAAGACUGAUAAAGAAAAUGCAAUAUUGGGAUUACUGCGCUCAAAAAAAUUAUGCAAUAUAUCGGAUAAUACUUUACUUACUUUGGCAGAAAGAGCUAAUUUUAUGCGUGUUGCGGAAUUGCUAUACAGCGCCAGAGAAGAUUGGAUCGCUGUUUGUAAAUGUAUGAUAUUGCAUCCAUCUAGACAUCAUGAUAUUUGGGUCUGGUUGAAACAUCUUUCUCCAAAUUCAUUACAAUUAGUCGUAAUGGCAAAUGCCGAAGCUUUAGUGGGCAUCAAUGCAAAUCAAUUUGCUAUACUGAUAGCAACACAUUUGCAAACUAAAGUUUCUGAAAUUUUAAAAAUGCUAGAAAAUAUUUCAACCUUACAAUAUACUUUACUAGAAGCUUUAUAUCAAAUAGUACAAUACAAAGAAGAAGAUAUCACGUUAGAACUUACGACUGAAAUGUUAGAAAAAUAUUUGGAAUUAAUGUGUGAAUUACAACCAGACCAUGUUGUUGAACAUAUUCAAGGAUUUCAUGGUUGUAGACUGAAUCAAGCAUUGCAAAUAGUUCAAAAAGCGAAUCACAAAGAUGCUGAAGCAGUAAUGUUAGAAAAGUUAGGAAAUUAUCAAGAUGCGUUUGACAUUCUUUUGAAAGAAUUUCAAAAUAAUUUGGAAUUGUAUUGUCGGAACAAAGUAUCAGAAAAUGCAUCUAUUCACAGUGCGAUACAAUUAGCAGGAAUGUGCAGACGAUCUGCGGGAAAUUUAGAUUGGAUGCCACUUGUGGAAACUAUACUUCAAACACAUUCAAAUAGUAAUGAUGAAAAAGUUGAAAAAUUAAGCGGGAAAUUAUUAAGGAUUGCGUUAGAAUUUCUUAGUGGAACAACAGCACUGUCGACCGUAUUAGAGCAAAUAUUAAAACACCCAUUGGCAACAAGUGGAACUAUAGGUGAUAUAAGACAAUUAUUAUCUGGAGUACUUACACAUUCCCGAUACGAACAAACUUUAGUUGAAACUACUGCUCGUUUGGUCAGCUUGGAGCUUCACAAGGCACUAAAAAAAUCACUUAGGGAUGCGGGGAGAGCUUGUGCGAGUGUAUCAGUGAUUUGCCCAAUAUGUAGACAUUUGUUAUCACAAUGCACGGAAUAUAUUGUAGUUUUCAGUUGUGGGCAUAGUUUUCAUUCAGAAUGUUUAGGAGAACCUAAAUCUUGUUAUAAAUGUUUAAAGUCUAAGGGAUGGGCACCUAUUGUUACUAAUAUCACACAUACUACUAAAUCAUUCCAUGUAAGUAAUAUUUUGAUAUUUGAAAUAUAUAUAUUAAGAUAUCAUUGAUAGAUCUACAUUAAAAUCUAAAUUCAUUGUUUUGUAGGAACAUAAACAAAUUUUACCACCGGAAUUUAUGCGUAAUAAAGAUCUUUCUUUAAGACUUGCACCACCUACUUCCUUACCGGAUCUUGAGGGUAUUUUUUAAUCUAGUCUUUGAAUAUAAAAAUUUAUUAUUACACUCACCAGUGUAUAACAGUCUACUAGUAGAAACGACUGUUGUGUGUUAUACAUGUACAUUAUAUUGGAUCUCUUAGUUUUCAUUCCAUGAACAUUAUAUUGUUCUGUUAUUAUAUUUCAUAUAAAAAAUUAAAUUAUAAUUGUUUAUAUCAAAGCUUCCUUUUACAUAUAUAAAAAUAUGAUGCCAUUCAUAUUUUUCAUUAUUUCUUGAACUCCGGUAUUUAAAUCAUUUUUCUGCUUGGCAGAAUUCAUAUAUUGUAUGUAUGUUUGUAUAUUGUAAAUUAAUAUAGCUAUAUUGUGUAUAGUAUUAAUAAGGUCUUGUAUACUUUUAUCGAUGUAAAUUCCAUUUGCCCAAUGUGCAGCACGUUGCCAAAUAUCAAUCAUUAAGUAAAUAAAGAUAAUAAUUAAUUAAAUAAAUUCAUUAUUUGCUGUUAAUAAUUAUAUGCAUUAUAUUAGAUACAGCAUUUAUUUUAAAAACUUUAAAUAAUAUUUUAAAUUUAAGAGCAUGUAAGUUACAUAGUAUAAAUACAUAUGUUUCAUGUUGAAUGAUAUGGAUAAAUUGUUUUACGUUUAAUAUUCUUGAUAAUAAAAACUGGUUUUUUGGGCAUAUUUUCUAUUAAAAUAUAAUUGGGAUCGAUAGAUUCAUAACCGAGUAAAUCACCGGUUAAUAAUUUCGCAACUAACGAAAAGAUACUUAAAUCAGGUACAAAUGAAUUUUUUGUAGGUAGCACCUCAACGUUCGUAACAUAUUUGUCAAUCGCAGAUUCUAAUUUUAUGAGAUGAGGCGUAAUAUUUGAUAUGGAUAAGUAUUGUUGCAACUGCAAUUUAAAAAAAUAAUUCAUAUUAAAUAUUAAUAUUUAUAUUAACAAAAUAUUAAGCAAGUUUUUACCUUGCUAUCACAUUUUCCUAAGCUGCUUAUAAGUUCUUCACUUUCAGUAAUUAGUUUGUAUCCUUUUAAUAUAUAUUCUUGAUCAUAAGUAGAUUCAUAAAAUUGUAAUGAUAUUUUGAAUACAAUAAUUUCCUUUUUUAUUCUAUCUAGAACUAUUGAUAAUGGUACUCCGUGUAAUGUUCGACUAGCCAUUCGUAUUUUAGAAUAUUUUUCGUAAAUCUAUAUAUAGUAUAGUAAUGAAAUAUUUAAUUUUAUAAUAAUAAUUAAAAUUAAAUGAACAUAAAAAGUGAAGAAGUUUAAGAAAUCAAAAAAGUAUGUUUCAAGGGUAUAAAUAAAUAUUACCUGACGAUUGAUAGAAGUCCAUGAACUUGCAAUUUGAUCAGCAAAUUGUUUUAUUUCAUUUUCUGUUGACUGAUGCGUUUCAGCCAAUUUCCAUAAAGAAUCAAGUUUGUCCGUAAGACUACGUGAUAUAUUAUGGAACCAUGUGAGUUUAACAUCCAAUUCAUAAUUGAUUUUUAAAUUAUAAUGAUUUUCUAUUUUUAAAAUCGCUACCUAAAUAAAUGUCAAUUGUUUUGUGUUGCUCAUCUUUAUUUACAUUUUUUAAAUUAGUUCCUCAAGUAAAGAGUAAUGCACUUUUCCAUUUUUUUUUUUUUUUAAAUAUUCACUAAUUAAAAUUGUUAAUUUUUUUCAUCAUUCAACUCUUUCAUGCUGAGCAAUUAAAAAGUACAUCUUUGAAAUCAACAUACUACAUGCGUGAAUUUUUAAAUAUACCUCAUACCAGUUAGCAAUUUAAAUAAAAAUGAAUGAUAAUUAAUAUGUAUAUUUCAAGCAUGAAAGGGUUAAAUUAUUUACUCACAUUUCUUUCGAGAGUUCUUAUGAGCUCAUUGAAUGAAGGAUUUUCCUUUUUCAUCAAAAACUCCAUUUCAAAACGAUGGAGUAAAUGAAGAAAUAUAAAGAAUUACCUUCUUACAAAUUAUAAGAAUAUACGAUAAAAAUAAAAAUAGAUUACGUGCGUCUACAGAUUACAGUAUCUUCGCUUAAAAAUGCGAUAGUCUUUUCCUUUUCUGUACGAUAUAAAUGAAUUGGUUUCUAUGGAUUUAUCGUUUCUUUCACUCUGUUUAUAUCGAUAGUUCGAAUAUUGUACAAACGACAAUUUCCGUUUCAUUCGUGAUACUUAAUAUAUAAAUUCAAUCUGGCGUUUGCUGUUGUUCACCAUUGUACGGAGUGAUAUCACAUACGUUUACAAUAUCAGAUGUAUCGAUUUUACAGAACUCUGAAUCUUAUUCUUCAAAUGAUACAUGAAUUUGUACAAUGCAAAAACCAUUAUUAUAUUUCGACGCAAUAUCAUACUUAACUUAAGCCUAUAUUACGGUAAUUAUAUUCGCCGUAAUAUUAAGCUAAUAUGAUUAUUGAAUUGCGACUAAUCUUUUGCAUAAAGAUACGAGUUUAGCAUAUAUAUUCAAGUCAUGUAUCUUCUGAAAAAUAUAGAGUACUAUAAAAUGUAUAAUAAUCACCAGAUCUUAGUAUAUGGUUGUUUCUUUUUUUCUUUUGGCUAGUAUUUAAUUUGUAGAAUAAUAUAACGAGGUAUUAUAUAUAACGAGCAGGCGAAAAGCCAGCUGUAUUUUUUUUUUAAUCAUUGGCUUAACAAAUUAUCUAUGGCUUUGCAAUUUUUAAUGCUCUAUGAAAAGUCCAUAAUAUUAAAAUUCUACAUUUAUAUAAUUUACAAUUUUUUUUCCUUUUUUUAAACUAAUAUUUCAAUAAGUUGAUACUAUUAUCCAUUACCAUGAAAUACUCUUCAUUCGAUUAUUCACAAGUUCCACAAUCGCUCUGGAAUAAUAUGUGUAUUAUGUUAAAAAAUGAAAAUUGAAGUCGCGCAUUUAGAGAAAUCAUUUACUUACUAAUUAAUCAAUGAUUAAUUAAUUAUUACGAAUAUACUUUUCUUCAGUAAGCAAUGACGAAGACUAUGUUUUUUGAUCGAGCAAGAUUGAUGUUUAAUUAAAUUUUUUUUGUUAUAGCUCGAUGAGGGAGGAGUAUCUUUAUCAAUUAAAAUAA